GUGGGAAUAUCCAUGUGAGUAGGAGCAGUUUGAUAUAUCCAUAGUCUUUGGCGACUCAUAAAACGUAAAACUUCUGUGUCAAAAUACUAUUCCAACAUGUGUUAGCUUUGAAAUUCAAGGGAGAGACUAUCGAUUUUAAUAUGGCUGGGACUAAAAUAAACACAAAGGCACGAAAAGAUGAUAGGAGCAAAGGGAAUAAAUCUUUAAAUACAGAAGACACUGAGGAUCAUGACUUUUCGUUGCUAAGAAAACCUGUAUUAACCAGUAUUACAGGAUUUGCUCAAGCAAGGAAAAUAUUCGAUUUUGCUACAGAGGAACUAAAGAGUCUUCUAGCCAAUGAAUGUGAUUUACUAUAUGAGUGCAAAGUAUGUCGCAAUAUAUUCCGAAGUUUGGCGAAUUUCAUAUCUCACAAACGUGUUUACUGUAAAGAGAAAUUUAACUCAUCAGUGCACAGUCAUUUUGCCAAAAACAAUUCAACUGUAAAUGAAAUAUUAAAAAUAAAGCAGAUGGAAGAAGCUUAUCAAGAUUCCUUGAAAGUUACUGACUUAGAGUCCAAUGAAAAUGAAGACCGGAUCCCGCUCACAAAAGAUUUGACUGGAAUAAUGGAAAAACUCACAAAAAUUAAGGGCAGAUACAGUUUUGACGAACAGCAAGUAACCUUACAGAAAAUACCAAACAGUUCUGUAGCAGUCUUUCAGAGUCAUUUUGAAGAGAACAAAUUUGACAAUAUGCUUGCUCAAGUGCAGGAACUAGACAACAUGAUAUCACGUGACAACGCAGUCCUACAGAGUGACGGGUCAUUCAAUGUGCAAAGUUCACUGAAUGCUGACAAUGACAAGACGGAAGACCCAGACAAUGUCAUACAAAUUAGUGAUGACGAGGAUAGUGACGACGGUGGCGUGCCAAAAUGCAAGAUAUGUGAUAUGCAGUUCUCUACGCAGAAGACCCUGAAGUUCCACAUGAAGUACAAGCACAUGGAAAGCCGGCUGGUGUUCCCGUGCCCUGAUUGUCUUGAGAUAUUCUCCACCUCCUGGAGUGUGUACCGACAUCUUUUCAAAGUACACAGGAAAUCGGCAGCUCAGAUCAGAAGACUGAGAGAUGCCAUCCAAGCGAAAGCUUUUAGGAUGAACAACCCGCCUGCUUUUUACGAGAAAAAGAAGAAUUCCAAACAGAUUACACCGCAAAAGAUCUCUGAAGAAGAGAGAUUAGAUCAGGAGAAUCAGGCGUGGAUGGACAACAUGGAGGGCGACGGUGAACUGCCGCGCUGCGGCGGCUGCGGCCGCACGUUCGAGCGCCGCGCCGCCCUCGCCGCGCACACGCACACCUGCCAGCCGCGCUCCCGCGCCCUGGCGCGGCGUCCGGACGCCAAGCGCAUCGAGAUACAGAUCCGCAAGGACUAUAAUAAAGGACCCACCGGGAAUCCUCUCAAGGACACAGAAAACAAACAACCCAACGAAGAAAAUCAAAAUCCGGCGAAACCUCCUGAGAAAAACAUGGAACCUGCCGAGAUAACUCCCGUUCCGUCCGAAAAGAUCGUCGAAACAGAGGAAAAAGCUACCGACCCGAUGUCCACCUCGAUCGUGAAAGUCAGUCAACCCGAAAUUAUACUUCCUCAAAAGAAGCCAGAACUCCGCGAACACGUACUAGAAGAAGCCACGAUGGAUAUAAUAGACGACCGGUCCAGCGACAGCGUAGAAUCCCCAGAAAAAGUAAACAGAGCAGAAAAGAAAACCAAGGCGAGACUACCGUUCGCGUAUCAAGCGGAGAAGAGUAACCUGGCCGCUUUCAAGCAGAGAUUGCGAGACGACGUGGACGUGGACAAGCUGGUCUGCAAGAAAUGUGACGCGAAGCACACGCGAAUGCAAGAGUUACACGAACACAUGGCCGGACACUACAAAUGGAUGCGCUACGCUUGCAAACUGUGCAACUUCAAGAAUUACGACUUCGAGAAGUUGCCGGAGCACGUAAAAGUCGUGCACAAGCUGAAGGGUGACUCCGACUUUUACUUUAGCACGGUGAAGGCGCUGGACGGUACAGAAGCGAGUGAGCUAGCGGAGCCGGUGGAGGAGAGUGACGUGAACGAGGAGAGUAGCGAGUCGCGGCGGCCGAGCCGCUGCUCCAGCGACUCCGGCCGGCUGUCUGACGACAGCUCGUCCAGCAGCGCGCGCGAGGUGGGCGCCCGGAAACGGAAGAUGUACCACAACAGGAGCGGCGGCAAGAAGAAGAAAGAUAAUGAUGAUCCAGACAUCAAAGAUGAACCUACAGACGGUACCAAUAACAUCGACGGGAGUGUAUCACCUUCAAAUGUUAAAGCGUUUGAAGAAAAUUCAUCUGACAUAGACGACCUUGAAGAAAAACUUGCGAAGCAGGCCAACAAAGAGAAAACAUCCUAUGUCUCGCGCAGACCUGUUCGUAAGAAGACUAAACCCAAAAAUGAAGAUUUUGAAUACGAUUUAUCAAACCUGUUGAAAAUGGAAGCACAAGGAUACAGGGACUCUCAAGUUGUCGCACCAGUUAAGCCUAUACCGACAAAGAAAAAGUUACAACAAGAACUGCAAAGUACUUACGAUAAUAUAAAUAGAGAACAUGUUGGUGCUUUAGCCUUGCUCUCAAAGAAAGCAGUUGAUAGAGCGCCGCUGAGUUGAAGACUACUAACUUUGGUCCUCCCAUCUUCAAUGUUCAAAAGGAGCUUAAACUACCGAAUGUAUUUGCCAGACCCAUGCUACCUAAAGGACCAAGAGGAGACAAAAUGUCGCCGAGAAAGGACGCAACGGAAGACCCUUUGAAUGAUAGUCCUAGCUCAAAUAAACUUCCGAAAAUACAGGACACUUUCUCUGUAAAAGAUUUAAAAAAUAACAAGAUAGUCGAAGAGUUGGCAAAUAACAUCAAAGCAGAGACAAAUUCUUUAAUAAGCGCACCAAAUGACAAGGCUAGUGCCAAUAAUGAACAACCUGUAAAUUCUGAACCAAACGAAAGCGCAAAAACAGUUAAAGUUCCCGCAAUUCCCAUUAAAUUUCGCCGUCAAAGUUUGGAAUUAAUGAAGAAUCCUAUUAUAAACAAAAACAUUGCAGACUUCUCCAAAGCAGGUAUGAAAACUAAAAUUCUUCUCAUAAAACCUAUAAACAGGAAGACAGAUGGAGUGUCUGUGAAUACUCCACUGAAGUUUCAAACGAUAAAAUUAAAGGAGCCAAAUAAGGGUGCAACUUCUAAUGAAGAAAUCUCUAAUGACCAAAUUGUUGUCGUAAAAGUUCCCAAAGUAGAUCGAGGUAUUUCACGGAGCAUGUCUGACAACAGUAUUACUAAAACAGUUCAGGCUCUUAGGCCCGAUACUGCAAAUGCUACGGACGCUAAAAUACUCACGGACCCAACAAGCUGCCCUGCCGGCGCCAGCGAGAACACCACCGAGAAACCUGAAAUAAACAAUGUUGGAGCUAAUUCUAAUUGUAACAGCAAUAACGUGGAUCAAAUUAGUUCUAACAAAAAUAAGGAUAGUAGUACUAACAUUACUAAAACCCACCUAGGCAGCAACGAUAUUCUAGAAAACACUAAAAAUAUUGCAAAAGAUGGUUGUGUUAAUCAAGUAAGUAGCAAUAUCUCUGAACCUAUGGAUAUCCAGGAGAUAGAUAAUACUACUAAUGCUAUAGUCGAUUCAGCUAAGGAAACUAAUUCCAAAUCCACUUGUAGUGUUCAAGAAUCACCAGUCAUUCAGAAAUCUGACACUAAAUUGGUAGGUUUAAGUAAUGCAUCGUGUACCUCGUCAAAUAAUGCCAUAAGUCUUCAAGAAUCUGUAAGUACGGAUUCCACAAUGUCGAAUGACGCCCCAUCCUAAUAAUGAUUGUGAUUAAUUAGGUUAUAAUGUAGUUAUAGUGCAACUAAAAUGAGUUUAGUUCAAGGAAAUUGAAUUUUUAGUUUUACAUUAUGUAUGUACUGUCAGUAUGUUUAGCUUGUACCUUGCUUAGUUGUUAAUUACAAUUAUUAACACCUAAA